CCGACAUGUCACAAGCAAGUCGCUUACGUCAAAUUUUCAUCCAGGUGCUCGUCAUUGCCUGGACGAUCCACACAAAGCCCUAUCAACGAGCCGAUAAUCUGCCACUACCCAUCGGAGCCUCGGCGUCACUUCAGCUGCCGUACGCCCGCCUGAUCCUUCCGCCGCUGGAUACGUCCAGAUUCGACGGCACAGCCUGGCAACCACAGCUUGCGCCAGAUAACCACAAGCUACAAAAGCCGCUGCCCGGCACUUCCAGCGAGGGGCCCGGUACCGACAUGUCACAAGCAAGUCGCUUACGUCAAAUUUUCAUCCAGGUGCUCGUCAUUGCCUGGACGAUCCACACAAAGCCCUAUCAACGAGCCGAUAAUCUGCCACUACCCAUCGGAGCCUCGGCGUCACUUCAGCUGCCGUACGCCCGCCUGAUCCUUCCGCCGCUGGAUACGUCCAGAUUCGACGGCACAGCCUGGCAACCACAGCUUGCGCCAGAUAACCACAAGCUACAAAAGCCGCUGCCCGGCACUUCCAGCGAGGGGCCCGGUACCGACAUGUCACAAGCAAGUCGCUUACGUCAAAUUUUCAUCCAGGUUGGUCUUUUUUACAAACCUGUUGACCAUCACAGUGUUAGACGUUACUUGUCGGUGCCGAGCCCCUUUGCUUUUGUCUUUGUGCUUUGUCAUUUAGAAGCGUACAGUGUCUACGUGACUUGUGUAUUGUGCUACGCAGCAUCUAUAGUAAUAAGGAUAAUGCUGCUACUUUCUGGCAAUGUAGAAAUGAACCCUGGCCCGUUCACUCAAGAGCAAACUAAGAGAAUACUAGAAGUCUUGGAGCUACUACCGGGUAUACACAAAAACCAAGACGUAAUUUUGGCUGAAAUGGCGGCAAUCAAGCAAACACAGACAUCGGUCGAAGAAAAACUCACAUCUGUGUUUUCAACACUGGAAUCGCUCAAAAAAGACGUUACUUCACUGAAAUCCCUUGAGACUAAAGUGCAGCAAAUACAAGUUGCAUCCACGGAACUUGCCGAGCAGUUUAACCAGCUGGCAAACAGUCAUGAUGACCUAGAAAAUCGCUAUCGAAGAAAUAAUCUAAUCUUUUAUGGUGUUGACGAGGAUACAAAUGAAACAUGGGCAACGUCCGAAACAAAAGUUCUGCAGCUCUGCGAAACUGUGCUAGGCAUCAAAAUUGACCACUCACAUGUGGAACGCGCUCACCGACUGGGUAGACACAAUGCAGAGAGGUCCAGGCCAAUCAUAGUAAAUCUUUCCUCGUUCAAAACAAAACAAACUAUACUAUCGCAAACGCCCAAGCUGAAAAACAGCGGAAUAUCUAUCGGCGAGGACUUUUCUGCUAACGUGCGUCAUGAAAGAAGCAAGCUUCUGGGAUUUGCCAGGACACAAAAUAGUCAAUUUAAACUACGCUACAACAAACUAAUUAUUGGAAACAAAGUAUUUUACUAUGACAACAGUGAACAGAGAGUAAAAGAGAAAACAAUCUAGCAACCAGUACAAAUUCCACAGGCUGCCCUCAAAAAGACCAUAACUGUGAAUGAACUUGAUGUACUUCUCGUGAAUUGUCGUAGUGUAAAAAAUAAAAUUGAUGACUUAGCAGAGCUUGUUAAUCUGACAAGGCCCAGUAUCGUAAUGGGUACAGAGUCCUGGC